AUGGUGAGGCAAUCUCGAUCGGCUUGUUGCAAUGUUCCCCCUAAUGAGGAAGACUUGGUGUCGAUGGAGAAUGAGCAUGAGCGUAUGAAGAAUGAGCGCCGUCACCAGAAGCAGGCCAUGAUCCCUACCACUUACCCGCUGCCGGAGCCUGUGUCGAGUCGUGCCCGCCGGAGCCAGAAAAGACAGAUUGCGGAAACGGAGACGCCCGCAGAGACACCGGAGUACAGUCAGACGUUCACCCCGAGUAGCCAGCGUCCAGACCCGUUGCGCGAUUCGAUGCGCAAUCCAUUCGUGGACGAGAAGGCAAGUUUAUAUCGUUCGAGCCGGGGUAGUCAGGCGCGUUCGAGGAGCGCGGUAAGUGGUGAGAGUCACCGUAAGUCUCUCGCCGAUGACUCCUACACCGGCCGGCGGUCGCAGAGCAUGACCAAGAAGAGCCACGGCUGUCUCAACAUGUGCAUGCCAACCAGCUACCCGCAACCAGAGACUAAUGGAGCUUCACACCACGGAGUUUCACACGACGGAGUUUCACACCACGGAGUUUCACACGACGGAGCUUCACGAGCCUCCUGUAUAUCCGACGCUUCACCCAACGUUAACUUCGCCCUCCCCAUCAACGAACGUUACGCUAGCCAGUUCACCAACUACUCCAACCAAGCCUUCUUCCAUACCGGCGCAGCCGCUGCCACCGCCGGCCUCAACCUCCAUGAACUGUCCUCCAACAUCACCCACCAAACCUACGACGAACCCGUCACGACGAACGUCCCCACGACCGCACCCGUGUCUGCACCGCCCGCCCCGGUCAUUGUGGAAAGCAUCCCUCUCGAGAACCUCAUGAAGCCUCCCGCCGCGAGUCAUGUCAGUCCACUACCGCCUCUGACCACACCCUCGGCCAUGCCUAUCACCACACCCUCGACCGUCCCUCUGCCCGGGCCUGCGACCUCGCCCGCCCCGGUCAUUGUGGAAAGCAUCCCCGUCGAAAGCCUCAUGAACCGUCCCGCUUCUACCGCCAUACGACCAAUCCGCCAGGAGUCAGUAAUGCUCAAGACCGGUGGCACCACCGCCGCCUACGCCACAGGCAACUCCUACACCGCUCACUCGGACGCUCUCGUCUCGCGUUAUAGCUCGCUAAACCCCGCCGUGGGAGCCGCGGGUCUUGGAGGCAGUGGCCUGGGAGGCAGUGGCCUGGGAGGCAGUGGCCUGGGAGGCAGUGGCCUGGGAGGCAGUGGCCUAGGAGGCAGUGGCCUAGGAGGCAGUGGCCUUGGAGGCAGUGGCCUGGGAGGCAGUGGUCUGUUAGGCAGUGGCCUGGGCAGCGGGUUAGGUACGUCGGUGGGCCAGGCGAGCAACGCAGUUGUACCCCCGCUCGCUCAAGACUCGACGCAAAUGAAUUACGUGACUCAGGAUUCCGCGCGCAGUAGCUCUUUACGCAACAACUCUGUUCAAGUCGACUCGAUGCAUAUGGAUCCUCCCCGUCCGAUUGACUCGGUGCUUGGCUCUCGGAACUCAGAGGACAGUCGGAGACCGGCGGAAGAUGAACUGGAGGCCGCUCCACUCGAAGACCCCGCGCCCGAGGAGUCCGUCGAAUCGGAAGAACAGUUCGUACCCACGCAGGUACCGCUUAUGGACAGCCAGACUAUCCAGACUUUCACCCGAGGUCAGGCAGGAGGCCUGGCGGAAAGCCAGGUCUUGAGCCAGCCGGGUAAUUACCAGUACCAGCCCACCGGUUAUCAGACCACUGGGGGUACCUAUCAGACCACUGGGGGUACCUAUCAGACCACUGAGAGUACCUAUCAGACCACUGGGGGUACCUAUCAGACCACUGGGGGUAUCAACUACCAGACCACUGGGGGUACCUAUCAGACCACUGGGGGUAUCAACUAUCAGUCUCCGGGUGGUACCUACCAGAAUGAACGGACGCUUACUGGGGAGGCGACAGUUGACAUCAGCAAUACCGCCGAUGGGCUAUACCCAUCCACCGUCCAGCACAAUAAUUUCUACUCUUCUCUCAAGCCACAAGUGUUCCCCGAAGUCUUCCACGGAGCGAAUGACCCCUCCUACAGUCCGCAGAGUUGCGCGAACAACCAAGCUGCCUACACUGAUCGGGCCGAGCAAGGCAUUAGCCCGGCAAUUAACAAUAACGAAGCUUCCAAUAAUAGUCAAGCUACCAUCAAUGCCAGUAGGGCCAGUGAGAGUACGAUUAGCGAAUCACCCAUCACCUAUGAACCUAUAUACAGCCACCAGCCACUAGAUAAUAAUCAGCCUAUGUACAACAGCCAGCCUAUGUACAACAGUCAGCCUGUAUACAACAUCCAGCCUGUAUACAACAGCCAGCCUGUAUACAGCAGUCAGCCAAUUAACAAUCAACCUGAGUACACCAACUACCAAACUGGCCACGCUGGGUACUACGAUGCCUCAACCAAUAACCAAACGAAGGCCAAUGUCACCAGGAUCAGUGAGACCACGGCUACCUUCUCGCAGCCGACGGUCAACCCGAUCUCCAUCCCGACCACUCAAAUUUUGCACCAGUCCCGCUCGACAGGCCAAACGCCAAACGUCUUCGAAGACCGCAGCGGCUCCAGCGACUUCUACCACCUACCAGCCGUCAGCUGCCGUUCAGACUUCGCCCGCUACUUACCAGCCAUUGACGCAGAACUCUUCCUCUCAGUCGUGGACGCCCGCUUCUACCCCUGA